CACCAUCUGUACCUCCCAUGUCCGCCGUCACUCAUCGCACCGACCCCAGCUCAGCAUCGAUUGGCGUAUCAGGCCACAACUAGCUGCCUACGGUGUUCCUUAGACCUGUUCGCUUAGCGAUCAGUGUCCCCACCGGCAUUCAAGUCUCACUGUCCAGCGCCUUGGUCAGAGGGAAUCUCGUGCUGUUCCUUGGGAGGCCAUUGCUUCGAGACCGCAAUGUCAAACCAACCUCUCGACGAGAUACAAUGGCGAGCACCGCAGAUAGUUGCAGCCAUGCCCGGCGGUAUCCACUCGAACACGGUUCUCUAUUACUUUGCGGAAUCGCCCUUCUUCGACAGAACCUCCAAUAACGCCGUACUCGUCAGCCAAGGCAACUACAUGCCCAACAUCCACAAGGCGCUCCAGUCGCGCGACACCUUCGAGGCUCGUCUGAAGACAAUGUCUGGGCUCGAGUUCAUCGUCGCCCAGGAACCAGCCGAGACGAGUCCACACGCAGGCACGGGUGUCUGGGUGAUACACAAACAGACGAGAAGGAAGCGGCCAAAGCACGAAGACGAAGUGACGAUCCAUGCCGCCUACUACAUUGUUGGCGAUUCAGUCUUUAUGGCGCCGACCAUGGCCGACAUCCUCACCUAUCGCAUGUCCUCGAUUGCCGCCGGGCUCAGCAAGAUGUUCCCAGCUGCCAACUCGGCCCGGACAUGGUCGCCAUCCGUAGGACACAAAUACCGGCAACCAGCGCCAACCAACCAAGUAUCAAAGAAAGCCUUUGAGUCACGCGGUGCGACUCCUCUCCCAGAAUCUCAAAGUCAGACAGCCAAGAACGGCACUUCUAUAGAGCAGAAGAAGAGUACAACAGACGCGGCAUUGGAAGCCAGGUUACUAGAGAGGACGAUUGGCGUACAUAUGCAAUUUGGUGGAGAAUACAUGGACGACAACCCAAUUGCUGGAGUGCCAGGCAACUUCCACCUGUCGUCCACGGGCAGACGGGAUAUGAGCAAGCUUCAACUGCCACUAAGUACAUCGACAGCGAGAAAUCCCGUCUCGAGCACCGGCUCAACGGCAGGCUCCACACCAGCAGGCAAGAAGGAUGAGAAGGGCCCGAAGACACCAAAGACGCCUUCUGGAAUGCCCUCGAAGCCGAAGCGGAAAAAGACAAAAAGUGCAGCUGCAACCCCGACAGCCUCGUGACUUGUGACUUUGCCAACAGGGAUAGUUUCAGCCCACUUGCUACAAAUGAUACAGCCGAUGCGGGCAUAUUGAUCACGGACCGACGAUGUCCACGAGCUGGUUGCGGAAGUAUCGCUCUCUUCGAUCUGCCGCCAUGCGUGCUAGAAGUCCUCACAAUUAGAUAGAGCAAUGAUACCCCGAGGAACCGCCGAGCUUUGGCCGCCCUGCUUGCGUGCACGUUUGGGUUGGAAGCAUAUUUACAUCCAGACUGGAUGAUUGUGCAUCAUCAUAGGUCAAGCACUGAAACGCCACAGGGUCACGACCACCGCGACCAUACGUUACGGCCCAGCACUGCAGACAGCCAAAAUCAAAAGCCAAUAGCGACUGC